CUUACGUCGCUCCGCCUUCCCCUGGCCGUCCUCGCGCUGCUCGCUAGCUGGGGAUUUUGAAAGUGUCAGCGCGGCGGCCUUACACUGCCUGUCAUGGCCUUCAGCUUCGGCUCCACCGCGGGGACUGCGGCCAACCAAGGUACAGGAUUCUCUUUGGGCACUUUUACUCCCAAAACAACUGCAUCAGGUUUUGGUUUUGGCACAGCCACCACUACUGCAUCAACUGGUUUUGGAGGAUUUGGAGGGCUUGACUCUGCGACCUCCAGCAACAGUGGGUUUAACUUUGGGGGGUUCGGGCUAGCUGCCAAUCCCACAUUAAACUUUAAUGUUGGAAAUUUCAGUGUUGCAACUGCUCCAGCACCACCCUUCAAUUUUGGUAACAGCCUGGCAAAUGCAGGGCUGUUCGGCGCUGCACAGAACAAAGGUUUUGGUUUUAAUACUGGUUUUGGCGCAACUGCAACAAAUACAGGACUGGGUGCAGGUCUAGGAACCGGUUUAGGAUUUGGAUUCAACACUCAACAGCAGCAGCAGCAGCAGCAACAACAACAGAGUGGACUUGGUGGUCUGUUCAGCCAGCCUGUUCAGAACAAUGCUCAAUCCAACCAGCUGAUAAACACUGCAAGUGCACUUUCUGCACCUACCUUACUUGGAGAUGAGAGGGAUGCCAUUUUAGCAAAAUGGAAUCAGCUUCAAGCUUUUUGGGGAACAGGCAAAGGAUAUUUCCACAACAACAUACCUCCUGUAGAGUUCACACAAGAAAAUCCAUUUUGUAGAUUUAAGGCCGUUGGUUUUAGUUGCAUACCUAAUAACAAAGAAGAAGAUGGCUUGGUGGCAUUUGUGUUUAACAAAAAGGAGUCAGAUCUAAGAGCUCAGCAGCAGCAGUUGGUUGAAAAUCUUCAUAAAGUCCUUGGAGGGAACCAAACACUCACUGUGAAUGUAGAAGGUGUUAAAACGAUGCCUGAUGACCAAACUGAAGUUGUAAUCUAUGUUGUCGAAAGAUCUCCAAAUGGCACGUCUAGGAGAGUACCAGCCACUACAUUGCACAAUUAUUUUGAACAAGUAAAUGUUAAAGCUAACCUGCAACAGCUGGGAGUCACGCUUACCAUGGCCCGAACUGAGCUUUCACCAGCACAGAUAAAGCAACUUUUACAGAACCCACCUGCAGGUGUUGAUCCAAUUAUUUGGGAACAAGCCAAGGUGGAUAAUCCAGAUCCAGAGAAAUUGAUUCCUGUCCCAAUGGUGAGCUUCAAGGAGCUUCUACGCAGACUUAAGGUUCAGGAUCAGAUGACAAAGCAACACCAGUCCAGAUUAGAUAUAAUAUCUGAAGACAUUAGUGAACUGCAGAAAAAUCAAGCAACAACAAUGGCCAAAAUUGCACAAUAUAAAAGAAAAUUAAUGGAGCUUUCACAUAGAGUUCUCCAGGUUCUAAUUAAGCAAGAGAUUCAAAGAAAGAGCGGCUUUGCUAUACAGGCUGAAGAGGAACAGCUCCGUGUGCAGUUGGAUACAAUCCAAAGUGAACUUAAUGCUCCGACACAGUUCAAGGGGAGGCUAAAUGAACUUAUGUCUCAAAUCAGAAUGCAAAAUCACUUUGGAGCAGUAAGAUCCGAAGAAAAAUAUUAUGUAGAUGGAGAUCUCCUGAGAGAAAUCAAACAACACUUAAAACAACAGCAAGAAGGACUAAGUCACUUAAUUGGAAUUAUCAAAGAUGACCUGGAAGAUAUAAAGCUCAUUGAACAUGGACUGAAUGACAAUAUUCAUAUUCGAGGAGGAAUGUUCAGUUGACCAGGCAGCACUAAUUACUUUUAGCUGAAUAUCUGAAACAUACAUAUUGUCAUUCAAGCUUUAAGAAGAACUCUCUCUACAAUAGACUGAUUGGAUUACUGUAGUCUUCUUGCAAUGCCAUAAUGCAAAUAAAACCGCACUUAUUUGCAAUUUAA